GCCUUCACACUCCAGUGCACUGGGGGGCGGUACUGCGCCUAUAAACUGCGUUACCAUCCGCCAAUAAUUCCAACGAAGAAGAAGGCGCUGCAGCAGCACUGUACCAACGUUGAGCUGCUACUGCUGUUGCUGCUAACUGGAGGAAACAAAAGACUCAACAUGGCAACGCCGGUGUCUGUGCUCCGCCUGCCAAAAGGACCCGACCCCAACUGUCGAGGAUUUGACCCCAAUUCACCCCGCUUCAUCGCUCUCUGUAGAACGUCUAUUGUCACUUCUGCUGCGUCAGAGACGGACGCUGAGCAGCUUCCAAAAGAGCAACAUGCACGAUCUGUGCUGAGAGAGAGUUUCCUCCGAUGUCUCCUCUCCAUGACCAACAAGAAAGUUCGGUUUCACCUGCAUGAGCGGGUGAAGGUGGAGGCCACGUUUGGGGCGUCUGACAUCGACGUGCUGAACUUUCAGGUGUCGGACCUGCACACUCCCAUCGGGGUGCAAAAAGAGGCACUGAUCAGGUGUCAGGAUGUGAUUUCAUUCACUUUUGAAGCGUGAACACUUGAGGCUUUUGUUUCCUGGUUAAACAGAAUAUGCCAUUUGGUUUAAAAGGCACUUGGGAGUCUCAUUUGUUGUUGCAAGUAAGCUCUAUUUUCAUACUGUGAGAUAAUAUUGUUUAUAUCAUUGUGUAAGUGUGGUUGUACGUUGCUGUUUUCAGUCCUGUCUGUAUAGUUCAGCCAAUCGUACUGCACUGGGUGACGAGCAGUCCCACUUUUUCAGCACAAGAGGGAGUCGUAUGCUUGGGAUUGGGUGAUUGACCAAAAUGUUUCUGUUCUUUUGCUGAUAACUACAAGUGUUUUCAGAAUAUAUUUACCCACAAUGACAUCCAGGAUUGUUUGUAAUCUAUAUGAAGGCUGAGCAGGUUGAGGCAUUCACUGUUUAUUUCCUUCACUUAUAACGAUACGGAGUUGAGAAAGUUGCAGAACUUAAUGGUAAUGUUUCCUUAAAGACCAGGACAUCAAACUACUAUUUAGCCUUGCACCACAAUUGGUAUCUCUGCUCUAUCUUUUGGAAACUUUAUUUCCGCAGAUUGUCAACACAAUGUUGACAACAUUAAAAACGUGUACAUUUAAUAAACGGCUUAAAAAUGUU